AUGUGGAUUCCGACUCUUCUCAUUUGUUUCCUGCUCGUUUCAGGUGAAUUGUGGGCAGAGAGAGAUGUAAGAGGAGUUGUGGGUAGAGCGAUCACAAUCGAUUGUCACUAUGCAGCAAAGUAUCGCUCACACACAAAGUACUGGUGCCGUGGGUGGAGUCACUUUUGUUCAGUUUUAGUGGAAACAAAUGGGCAACACGGACGGAGGGGAAGAGUGUCAAUCACAGAUAACCCGGCACGGGGAAUAUUUACUGUUACUGUGGAGGAUCUUCACUCUGGAGAUACAGGACGGUACAGCUGUGGAAUUACAAAACGCAGUUUUGAUCCAAUGUUUAACAUACAUCUACAAGUUUCUGAUGAACCCGUGUCUAUUCCUGUGCUUGGAUUUCUGUCACCAGCAAAUGCCUCAUGUACUGGGGGCUCAGUGUCAGUGUCCUGUGAGUCUGUCCAGGGAUCCCUUCCCAUUCAGUACACCUGGUAUGAAAGGACACCGUCCGUGGAUUCAAAGAUCUCAGGCACCAGUAAACUGGAUCUACAUUGUCAAUCCUUCAAACACCGACACCAUCAAUAUUACUGCACAGCCUCAAAUGUUAAUGGAACAAAAUCUAGUGAAAUGGUCAAUGUGACAGUCUUCAGUGGAACAGGGACCUGCAGUUAUGUGACAGAAAUCAACAGCAAUCGAUCUGGCUAUUUUUGUGAAACUUCUGCAACUGAAUCAACAAUAAGGACACAUUCUGCAAAUACAGAAAUAAGACCCAAUGAUAGUCAAGGACCCAUUUACAUAAUUGUGCCCAGUCUCAUUGGGAUUCUGGUCGUGGCAUUUCUCAUUUGCCUACUUUGGUUCCUGAGGUGUAAAAGAAGGGAAUUCAAGUUCAAAAUAUUUCACAGAGGAAGCAACAAUGAAACCCAGUUACAUGAUAUGGAGAGUGGGGCUGCUCUUCGCUCUGCUGAGGAACUGGAGUAUCUCAGUCACAUGGUUCACGAGAAAAACCAAGAGAUCCUCACCACAGACGCCACGGCCUCACACCCGUCUCCUGACAGCCCGUGGGCGAGGGGCGGAUCAUCGGCGGGGCCGCUUGUGGUCGACGAAGUAUGUCGGUGUGAGCGGAGCUUGUUCUCAUAG